GCAUUUUGCAACGUCUGUUCCUCACAAAAGGAAAUCUUCAACGCAACUAAAAGUUCUUGAGAAUCACACAAACUCGAAAAUGAUUUGCUUAAAUAACUAUCGAAGUCAAUUGAAGACAAAGAACCAUUUUUUGACAUUUCUACAGUUCCAGAUCUCUGCAGCUACCAUAUUGUUUAUGAUUAAUUGUUGUGCUGUUGGUUAUGCUGUAGAAAAUCUUACAAACGUAGAGAAAUUAAUACAAUUCAGAGACAAAGAUGUAAACCAUGAUGGCAAAAUCACUCACAAAGAAUUUGAAAAUUUCCACAAGGCAAUUGAUAAAAAUACUGAUGGUCUAGUAAGUGAAAAGGAAUAUACCGCUCAUUGGAAGGGUUUGGUUCGACCGAAAAUAAUAAAGGCCGCAUUUGCACUUGAGGAUUUGGACGACAGCAGAGCAAUUGAUUUCGAUGAAGAGAAUUUUAACUUUGAAUCAAUUGAUAAGGAUACAGACCAAAUAAUUUUAGAAUGCGAAUUCCUGGAUGAAUUUACGAGGUAUGUCCUGAAAGAGUAUACUGCAGAAACCCACUGUCAAUAACAACAACAACAACAAAAUAAUAAUGAUGAUGAUGAUGAUGAUAAUGACUGUUACAUACCUGUAAAUUCAAUAAAAUUUUUGCAUGUUA